AUGUUCCCCCAAGGUUCCGGUAAAGGACUCGGAUCUGCCGCUGGUGCCUUGGUCGUUUUGGGAGCUUUAGGUUAUGGUGUGAAUGCUUCUCUUUUCAACGUUGACGGUGGUCACCGAGCUAUCAAAUAUACUCGUCUCUUUGGUGUACAAAACACUGUUUAUAACGAAGGUACUCACUUUAUGAUUCCUUGGUUCGAAACACCCAUUAUCUACGAUGUUCGUGCUAAGCCUCGUAAUGUUGCUUCAUUAACUGGCACUAAAGAUUUACAAAUGGUCAACAUUACUUGUCGUGUACUUUCAAAGCCUCGUGUUGAUCAGCUUGCUACCGUUUACCGUACAUUAGGCCAAGAUUAUGAUGAACGUAUUUUACCUUCUAUUGUCAAUGAAGUGCUCAAGUCAGUUGUAGCACAAUUCACUGCCUCACAAUUGAUCACUCAACGUGAACGUGUAUCAAGAUUGGUUCGUGAAAACCUCGUCCGUCGUGCACUUCGAUUCAACAUUAUUUUGGAUGAUGUCUCUAUUACUCACGUUGGAUUCUCACCUGUUUUCGAAAGCGCCGUCGAAGCCAAGCAGAUUGCUCAACAGGAAGCUCAACGUGCAGCCUUUGUUGUAGAUAAAGCAAGACAAGAAAAGCAGUCCGUCAUUGUUCGUGCACAAGGUGAGGCCAAGUCAGCUGAAUUGAUUGGUGAGGCGAUCAAGAACAAGCCUGGAUUCCUCGAGUUGAAGCGUAUUGAAGCCGCUCGUGAGAUUGCUAGCAUCAUUUCUAGAUCUGGAAAUAAGGUCAUGCUUGAUGCUGAUACUUUGCUUCUUAACAUCAACUCACCCUCAGAAAAGAGUAAUGUCAAGAACUAA